AUGGGACCCUGUUUUGUUCAUCCUGAGCCCUCAGAGUCAUAUGAGACUAAGAAAGAGGAGCGGAGAGGGAAGAUGGAGGAGCUGAGACGGUGGGUGACGGAGGCUGGGUGGUGGGUAAGGAGGUGUUGCUGUGGAGAAGAAGGUGAGGAGGAGAGAGGAAAGAAGGAAGAAAGCAGGGAGGAGGAGGUGAAGGAGGAGAUGGUGAAGAUAGAGGAGCUGAACUUUUGGAAGAGCAACAGUUCAACUUCGCUUCCUCCAGCUGAGGUAUUCACAUGGACUCACACAACACACCAACAACACUAUCAGAGUAACACAGUCACAGCACAACACUGUUCCUAAUGUUUUGGGAUGGUCAUUUGUCAAUCCAGUCUGUGUCUGUCUGUCUAUCACAGUUAGAUAUGGAUCAGCUCGGCACGUCCCCCUCGGGGUCCCAGCCCCACUGGUUUCACACCCUGCAGACCCGACGGACCCGAGUUCAGCGAGGGCGGAGCAACAGCGACCCGCUGGGAGGGAACAACUGCCAGGACCACUUCACCUGGGUCAGAAAACACACCUGUUGAGGGUUUUCAUCGAGUUUUGAAAAAGUCUGACUUGGUGAGCUGAUGUGUCCCAUGUCUCUCAGAGACCAGGUCUGCAGUUUGGAGCAGCUCACUCAUAUGUCAGUCUGGAGAAACUGGGAGAGGGGGCGUACGCUUCUGUCUACAAAGGAAUCAGCAGGUGAGUCUCACCUGUGUUUGAGGUGUUUCAUUUCUCUUUUUUACAGUGUGUCUUUUAUUUGACAAACAUAUACAGACAUUGUUCUUACUUUACCUUUCCCAGUAUUGUUAGUUUAUACUGUUUUUAUUUAAUUUUUGAGUGUACUCUCUGUUAAAUGUCAUUUUUACAGUGUUGAUGUCCGUUUAACGACACUUUCUUUAACUUAAUUUUGCUGCGGUGUUAACUUUGAAUGUUUACAGGAUAAACGGGCAGUUGGUGGCUCUGAAGGUGAUUCGUAUGAAAACGGAGGAGGGCGUCCCGUUCACGGCCAUCAGAGAAGGUAAAACACACACUAAGUAUUUUUUACAGUGUAUCACAGGUCUGAGUUUUAGAUUUUCUUUUUACACUUUUUCAUUUUUUUUUCUGAGCCUCUCUGCUCAAAGGUCUGAAGCACGCCAACAUCGUCGUCCUCCACGACAUCAUCCACACCACAGAGUCUCUGACCUUCGUCUUUGAAUACGUGGUGAGAUACAUGACCAGCAGGGGGCGUCACUCUUUUUUGAACUUAUGCUGUGUUCGAGUUACCCUGGAAGUCAGAGCUGAAAAUGACGUCACACCCGAGUAAUCAGCGUUUCAGUUACCAAGUCGGAAAAAAGCAAAAUUAGAACGAAAGUUACUUCAGCACUUGCCUUAUCCGGAUAUAAGGCAAGCACUGAAGUAACUUUCGUAGAUGUAGCCAUCUUAUUUCAGGCCUCCAAUUUUGCUUUUGUCCGACUUGGAAAUAAAACGCUGGUAACUCUGGUGUGACGUCAUUUUCAGCUCCGACAUCUGACUUCCGAGGUAACUCGAACGCAGCAUUACAAUCCAAUAUUAUCAUAAAGAAAUGAUAUAGAGUGUGUUGUUUAAAUGUUUGAUUCUUCUUCGUGUGUUUUUAUUCCUGUAGCAGACGGAUCUGUCUGAGUACAUGAGCCAACACCCGGGAGGACUACACUCACACAACGUCAGGGUUUGUACACAAUCACACAAAACAACCUAACAAACAACCAUAUUGUUGUUUUAGAAGCCUCUGUUGUUGUUGUUGUUUUCUAAAUGAUUGUUGUCUGUGGUUCUUCUUCUUGUUUUUUCCUUGCUAUUGUUGUUUUUGCGGUUGGAGUCUUUAUUUGUGAUUGUUUUUCUUGUUUUUUUUCUGUGGUCCUUGUUGUUGCUGUUUUUGUGGUCCUCAUUUUUGUUGUUGUCGUUGCAGCUGUUUAUGUUCCAGCUGCUGCGGGCGCUCUGUUACAUCCACAGUCGGAGGAUCCUCCACAGAGACCUGAAGCCUCAGAACCUGCUCAUCAGCUACCUUGGAGAACUCAAGAUGGCUGACUUUGGUUAGACUCACUAAGCUCUGCCCACAAACCCCACACUGCCUUAACCCUCAGUUCCUGUUCAUUUUAAGCUCCAUCCAGCCUACUUUGUCCACAAAACGGACAUGCAGAUAAGUGUUCAUAAAAUAAUCAUCUUUUUUUUUUACUUUUUUUGACUCAAAUCUCUUAAACAACUUCAGCCCUGACCAUUAAAAAAAUAAUAAAUACAUAAUUCAAUGUUACACACUGUUUAUGCCAGUUCUUGUGCACCAUGUCACUGUUAUUUUUAAUGGUAAAAACACAUAAUCGCCAUAUUUCCCAGAUAAAAUGACCUAGAUGAUUAUUUUUUUAAUUAAAAGAGUCUGGGCCAUGUCAAUGAUGAGAAGUAAAACCGAAUUCGGUGCAUUUAAAUACUUUUUGUAGUGCCAGUUUUUCAUAUUUGAAGCUCCAUCCAGCCUAUUUUGUCCCCAAAACGGACAUGCAGAUAAGUGUUCAUACAAUUAUCAUAUUUUAAAUUUUUCUUACUUUUUUGACUCAAAUCUCUUAAACAACUUUAACCCUAACCAUUAAAAAAGUAAUGAAUAGAAAAUAAGAUGUAUUACCCUUUUUAUGCCAGUAUUUGUGCACCAUGUCAUAUUCAUUGAUAAAGUGUGCGUUUCUAAAUAACACUUGUUGUAUCACUGUCGGCAAGUAAAAUUUAGAGCCCUGGCGAUCGAGUGACUGCAAAAAGAAGGUUGUAAUAUGUUGUUAUGGUGCCAUAAAAAUGUGACCGUCAGCUCAAAAUUAAGGACAUAGUAGGAACCGAGGGUUAAUUAUGUGUUUUUAUGAACACUCAAUAUCUAGAUCUGAAUAUAACUCCAUCUGGUACAUCAGACACUGGUAUUUUACAUCUACCAGAGAUCAGGUCGCAUCAGUGUCCUAGUUUUCAGCUGUUUUUGAUCUCCAGUGCCAGGUGAUCUGAUGAGUUUUACCCAUGAUUCUGCUCUGAUUGGACCUCUUUGUCUGAUUCUGGGUUCAGGUCUCGCUCGGUCCAAGUCCAUCCCUAGUCAGACAUUCUCUUCAGAGGUGGUGACGCUGUGGUACCGACCGCCUGAUGUCCUGUUAGGGUCCACGGACUACUCCACGGCUCUGGACAUAUGGUGAGAACGGAACUUGAUUAUUAGUGAGUGAAGAAUAAGUACAGACAUUUUCUCACUGACUUCUGUUCAAUCAACCCUGUGCAUGGUUUCAGUUUUACAGAUUUUUCAAUAAAGCUUUCUGGGUUUAAAUCAGGGGAGCUGGGUGCAUCUUCAUAGAGAUGCUACAGGGGGCGCCAGCGUUUCCAGGAGUCAGUGACGUGUUUGAACAACUACAGAAGAUCUGGACGGUGAGGAAAAGUCUUAAUUUUUCUUAUUAUUUUGUUAUAUUUUUAUUUCAUGGAUUAUUAAUUUAGAAAUCUGGUUCCAGGUUCUUGGAGUGCCCUCUGAAGAAAGUUGGCCCGGGGUCAGCCAACUACCAAACUACAAACCAGGUGAGCAGACCCCGCCCACAUCUGUUCCAUCAGCCAAUCUCAAGACAGUGGGGAAGGAACAGGAAGUAGUGGUUUGCUUCAAAAGGCUAUUCUUAUGGAGUCAUGCUUUUAGGGGUAACAUCAUAUUUGAGCUCACCUUUAGGGAACUAUCAUGAACAUGUGAAUAGAGUUGAAUUACUGUAAGUGUUUUCCUCCACAGAGCUCUUCAUCCACUGCAAACCCAAACAGUUCAGGACCUUUUGGAAGAGGUGAGAAAAUAAACUUUUAUUACAGUUUCAGCAGUUAAGGUUUAAGUAACUCAACAGGCUGAAAGAUUUUAAGAAAGUCUAAUGUCAAGUGUUAGCAUGCAGCUAACCAUGACUCCUCAGAAAGUGUUUUUACCGUCCCUCUAUUCAGAUCAUGUCUUAGCUGUCUCCAAAUCUUGGUUAAGUCUUACAGGGAUAUUCUGGCGUAAAAUUAAUUUAGGGUCAAACAAACCGUAACACUGAGUUAGACACCCCCUCGAGAGAUGAAUGUUGCCGACCGUUUGCUUCUCUCGUUAUACCAACUUUAGAUGAUCAUUUCUUCAUGGCAAUGCAGUUGACUGAAACGCUAAGGCAGAGGAACUACCGCGUCUGCAGUGCAAAAUGAUUAAUAUGGUGAUUAUUACUUCAAGGAAAUGAUAAAGAAAUGAUCAUAAAUGUUCUUCCUUGAGCUGUGUCACCUCGCUGCACUCCGUAAUGGACUGGCCUGAGGUCUCGUUACAAACAAACGGCUGCUGGAAGAGAGUAGGUGAGUUGUGUUUAGUCUCUUUGCUGAGGAAUUUAGGCAAAGCUAAUAAGAAUUUUGUUGGCUAGUACUUUGGCUGGGACCCUGUAUGUACUGUUGAUGAAGUUAGGUGCUGUUCUGAGCAUUAUUUGUGGCUAUAGAGUGGUGUUUUGGUUGAGGUUUGUUUAUGGCUCCUCGGACCGCGAUGUAUUGCUAUUGUGCGGUCGUUACUAAAGUUCGAAUAACUAGAGAAAAAAGCGGUCGGCAACAUUCAUCUCUCCAGGGGGUGUCUAACUCAGUGUUAAGGUGUGUUUGACCGUAAAUUAAUUAUACGCCGGAGUAUCCCUUUAACUGUGUCUGAAUCUGGGCCAUGUUUAAACUGUCUCUCAACCAGAAUCAGGUCUAAACUGUGUCUGAAUCUGUGUCAGGUUGAACCAGCUGCCUUACAAGACUGAGGAUCUUGCCCAAAGGAUGUUAAAGGGGGUCCCAUCUGACCGAAUAUCGGCUCAGGACUCCUUGCAGCACCCAUACUUUAGCACACUACCUCCUCCAAUCAUGCAUCUGAGAGACAGUGAGUCCCCCUUUUAUUUUGGUCCUUUUUUUAUUGUUUUUUGUUUGUUUGUUAAGUCUUUUGGGGUUUAUUCAGAUAAGGAUGUUGUUGGAGUUUCUGUUCGCAGCCUUAGCCGAUAUCACAUCUGUAAUUUAUUUUAACUGAAUAUCCAAACAUCAGUCAGUGUCUCUUCUUCUGCUGUUGUCUUUUGUCAGCGGUGUCCAUCUUCAAGGUUCCUGGUGUUCGUCUAGAGACAGAGGCCAGAGAUGUGUUCCGGCCCGGGCGUAGGGUCAGACCAUCCCUUUUUCCCACCAACACCUGCUGGUGA